AUGAUUUGGAUGCCAUCCAGAGAUGGUAAAAUCUCUGUUAAAAGUGCGUAUAAACAUCUGACUUUGUCUGACAGAGAUAUUGAGAUUAAUGGUAGAGUUAUUCAAGCUUCUGUAUGGAAAUCUCUUUGGCAUUGCAGUGCAUCUCACAGAAUCAAGGUUUUCACAUGGAAAUGCAUUCAUGGCAUUCAUUCAACCAAGGCAAAGCUGUCUAUCUAUAAUGACUCCUCUGAUACUCAGUGUGGGUUUUGUGGCAACCAUUAUGAAACCAUUGAACAUCUUCUGCUAGAAUGUUCUUUCUCAAAAACAGUAUGGAGACAUCUCAACAUUAAUAUUGAAGAAGAACAAAACAAGUUUGGCAGUGUCUCUGAAUGGGCUGAGGAUUGGUUUUCUAGUAAUCUCAAUUCAUCUAAUGAGAAGAGACUCCUCUCUCUUAUGAUCGGUUCUUGGGUUCUGUGGAAAGAUAGGUGUGAUGCAAUAUUUCAGGGAGUAGCUCUCAACCCACUUAAUACUGUGCACAGAAUCAAUUUCUAUUUAAACUCUCAUAUGAACACUAGUUCCAUGCAUAUUUCUGAUUCCAUGCAUAACACUAGUUCUUCAUUAUUAGCAGUGUCAAGAUGGAAACCCCCUAGACAAGACACCUUAAAAUUUAAUACUGAUGCUUCAUUUAGCCAUGAUACUAAUCAAUUGGGUACUGGAAUGGUACUCCGUAACUUUCCAGGUAUCUGCCAAGGCAUCCAAGGACACUACUCAGAUGGAGUUCUAAGCCCUGACAGUGGAGAAUGCAUGGCGAUUCGUGAAGCUUUAAUCUGGGCAAAAGACCUGAAGGAUGAUAAUCAAGUUGCAGAUGCUGUUGCUAAAUCUGUCAGAGAAACAACAUCCAACAUAUAUCAUCUUAAUGAGUUUCCUGCAGAUAUUUGUGAACUCUAA